AUGUUGAGUUUCGGGGCCCGAAGUAUCUCGUCUCGCUGGUUGACAAAAUCAGGGCUCCUUGGUCGCGGAGGCUCCAGGCAGAGCGGGGCUCGCAGCUGGAGCUCAGCCGGCGUCCGGCUCGACCUGAGCGGCGUGUACCCUCCCAUUGCGACCCCCUUCACGGAGCGAGAAGACGUCGACUAUGACAAGUUGGAGCACAACCUGCAAAAGUAUGCGCAGAUUCCCUUCAAAGGUCUGGUGGUGCAGGGCUCCAAUGGCGAGUACCCUUACUUGACAGAGGAGGAGCGCGUAGAGGUGGUGAAGACAGUCCGCCGCUCGAUGGCCGCCAACAAGCUGCUCAUCGCCGGGUCUGGCUGCGAGUCCACGAGAGCAACGUUGGAGCUAACAUCCAAAAUGUCAGCAGCGGGUGCAGACGCCGUCCUGGUGGUGACGCCGUGCUUCUACAAAGGCAAGAUGGACACCACCGCUCUUGUCCAGCACUUUACAAAGGUUGCUGACAACAGCGAAGUUCCAGUGAUUUUGUACAGCGUCCCGGCCAACACAGGCCUGGAGCUGCCUGUGGACGCUGUCGUGCGUCUGGCCCAACAUCCAAACAUCGCAGGACUCAAAGACAGCGGCGGAGAUAUCACCAGGAUAGGCCUGAUGGUCCACAAAACCAAAGAUCUGGACUUCCAAGUUCUGGCAGGCUCUGCCGGCUUUCUUAUGGCUGCCUACUGUGUCGGUGCGGUGGGUGGAGUCUGCGCGUUGGCUAACGUUCUGGGUGAGCCGGUGUGUAAUUUGGAGCGUUUGUGCAUAUCGGGUCGCUGGGAUGAAGCCCGGGAGCUGCAGCAGCGACUCAUUGAACCCAAUGCUGCUGUAACUAGAAAGCUGGGUGUGCCCGCCCUCAAGCAGGCCAUGGAGUGGUUCGGCUUCCACGGUGGCGUGUGUCGUUCGCCUCUUCGACCGCUUGACCAGGAGCAGACGCAACAACUCAGACGAGACUUCGCCUCCAACGGAUGGCUCUGA